GUAGACGCGCGCUGGUCGGUUUUAUGUACAUGUGACACACAAAGAUAUGCGGUCUGACAGACUGAAACUAAAAAAUCUAAUUACGCAUGGAAGAAAAGAUUGUAAAUAAUACAAAGGAACACAAAACAAAAUAUUCCGUUAUAAAUAUAUCUACUGCGUUAGAGCGAAUGCGUUUAAAUCUGGCCUGUAUUGAACGUUUUCACUACCUGGAAAACGUAUACUGCGUUUGUAAAUAAAAGCUGUUCCAUGUAUCAACUUUCUAUUUCAUAUUAUGAUAUCAUUUUUAUUUAACAUAUUUUGACCAAGUUUAUUUUACUAAAAAAUAUAAUUUGUAUAUUUAACCGAUCUAUUUAGACAAUUGCUGGCGAUGCAAACUAAUGCCUUGUUUUUAAAUACAGCGCCAGUUUGACUUAUUUACUGACUGUUGUUAUUAUAACCUAGUUGAAUUGCUGUCCUAGAAUGGACAAGGGGGUCUGCUGUUGUGUCCGUGCUCGAUACUGAUAAAGCAACAACCUUGUUUUAAUGAUCAACUACAGUAUGUAAAAAAAACUUUCUUGCUAAGAAAUAGAAUAGUAUGUACAUGCAGAUUGAAGGCAAACUCCCUAAAAUGGGAGAGAGAACCAGUCCAGUGAGUGUCAUACUGGUGAGCUCCGGUAGCAGGGGGAAUAAACUACUUUUUAGGUACCCCUUUCAACGAAUACCAGAGAACCUAUCUUCUCAAACAACUAAACUCAGGAGUCCGUAUGCAUUGAACACUGCAGGGGACACCACAGAAGACCCAGAUGGGGAUUCAAGAGAGCAAAAUCCUCUAACUGAUGAACAGUUGGUAGCCGGGUUUUCUGAUGUCAUCCUCGCCACAAUCCUGGCGACAAAGUCAGACAUGUGCGGGAAAAAGUUUGAGCUGAAGAUUGACAACGUGCGGUUCGUCGGACACCCAACCCUACUGCAGCAUACCCAUGGGAUUCAGGUAUCGAAAACAGACCCAUCACCAAAGAGGGAGAUGCCUACAAUGAUCCUCUUCAGUGUUGUUUUUGCAUUAAGGGCGAACGCAGACCCCUCUGUGAUCAGCUGCAUGCACAACCUGUCCCGGCGCAUUGCCAUUGCCCUGCAGCACGAAGAGCAUCGCUGUCAGUACCUGACCAGGGAGGCCAAGCUCAUGCUGGCCAUCCAGGACGAGGUGACCACCAUGGGUGAGACUGAAGGAGACCCGCAGUCCCCUUUUCACCACAUUCUCCCGAAGUGCAAACUGGCCAGGGACCUAAAGGAGGCUUACGACAGCCUGUGCACCACCGGAGUUGUUCGCCUGCACAUUAAUAACUGGCUGGAGGUGAGCUUUUGCCUGCCUCAUAAGAUUCACCGUGUCCGGUGCAAUCACAUCCCUCCUGAGGCUAUAGAACGCAGCUUGAAGGCAAUCCGGCCCUACCAUUCCCUCCUUCUGCUGGACGAUGAGAAGUCAUUGCUGAGUGAGCUUCCGUUAGAUUGCUCCCCAGCCCUGGUGCGAGUGAUUAAAACCUGCUCUGCCGUCAAGAACCUGCAGCAGCUGGCACAGGACGCAGACCUGGCCCUGUUACAGGUCUUCCAACUUGCAGCCCAUUUGGUGUACUGGGGCAAGGCAAUCAUUAUCUAUCCACUAUGUGAAAACAAUGUCUACAUGCUCUCUCCACACGCCAAUAUUAGUCUCUACUCCCCAUUAGCAGAGCAGUUUGCACAGCAAUUUCCAGGGCACGACCUACCAUCCAUGCUGGCCAAGUUCUCCCUGCCUGUGUCCCUGUCAGAGUUCAAGAACCCCCUGGCCCCACCUGUACAGGAGGCCCAGCUGAUUCAGAUGGUGAUCUGGAUGCUACAGCACCGCUUGCUGAUGCAGCUGCACACGUAUGUCUGCCUGCUGGCGCCCCCUGCAGAGGAGGAGCUGCGACUACGGGAUGAGGAGCUGCCAUUAGCCGCCCGAGUGGGAGGAAGAAGCCUCAGCACACCCAGUGCACUCAGCUUCGGAUCCCCCACCAGCAGUGAUGACAUGACCCUGACCAGCCCCAGCAUGGACAACUCGAGUGCAGAGCUGGUGCCGAGGGGAGACUCCCCACUCAAUACCAGGAUGACAGAGAGCUUGCUGGCCAGCUUGUCCGAGCGUGAGCGAGUCGCCAUCCUCAACGUCCCAGCUGCCCAGAACGCAGAGGACCUCCGCAUGUUUGCCCGGCUGCUGCUGUAUUUCCGAGGGCGCCACCACCUGGAGGAGAUCAUGUAUAACGAAAACAUGCGCCGCUCACAGCUCAUGACCCUCUUUGACAAGUUCCGCAGUGUGCUGGUCGUGACAAACCACGAGGACCCCAUCAUCUCCCUCUUUCAGUCUCCCCUCGACUGAGAAGCACAGUUCAAGACCGCAGCACAGUGCUGUUUUUAAGAGUUCUGGCAAUAUAUUUUUCAAAUCCUUUAUCAGUUCACAAAGAAAAAUAUCAGUGAGCUAAUGCUGCCACAUCCAGGACCUUUGUGGAAAUGAGAUGGUGUCAUCUCACUGAGUUCUUGCUGUGAAUUUGCAAAUACUAAUACUGACAUAAGACAUGGCAAUCCGGUGUUAUGAUACUGCCAGUGUGUUGUAGAACGGAAGUCAAAACUGUGUAUUUAAAAAUGGUGAAUACAGUAAUUUAUAAAAUAUAUGCUGAUUAUGUAUAUACAAAUAAAUACGUUUUUUGCAAGGUU